GUUAUAAAUACAUUGAUGGUAUUUUGCACAUUUCACUUGUGGAAGUCACAUAUUGGAUGUUCACAUCUUUUCUGUCAUUUUUCUUUCAGUCAAGAGAAAACAGUGUUUUACUACCAGCCCUGGACAGGCCAAUUGGUGGUGGAUUCUUUAGUCUAUGAAAUUGGACUAAAGUCCAGCAAUGGAGCUUUAUUACCAGCUAAACUACCAAAAACAUUAAGGAUCAAAACUGUAAUCAGAGUAUCUGAUCUGAGGAUAUUAUUGCCAAAGGAAAUUUUUGAAACCUGUUUUUCUGGUGAAGUUAUAGUGGGAGGAAAAUGUUGCACUCUUUUUGAGGUAGUAUCCACUGCAGCAGAUGACAACCCUCUCUCAAUUCUCACUAAGGAGGUGAAAGAGAAAGACAUGGCUCUUAUUUUUCAGUUGGAUGAUGCUGGGUUUUUCGUGCUGAUACACUCAUCUUACUUCCUUUCAUAUGAAGAUGCAAACUCAGAGAAAAAAGAGGCAUUACAAGGCAUGUUUAUAUUCCCAGACUCUCGGAGUAUACAGCGAGAUACUAAGAGUUGUCGGAGAAAGUCACCAUUUUCAUCGGAAGUUCUUCAAGUUCUGCCAGCAUUGAAUUAUGCAGAGACAGAAAUGGAAAAGUCUGGUCCAGGCCAGCAUGAGAAGAUUACAAUACUCCUGGAGAAACACCUUGAGCAUUAUGGGACUCUGAUUCAUCCAGGGUUGCAAAGCAGUCCCCAAAGGGAGGCCAGUAUGUUUCCUGACCAGUAUGAUGUGCCUUCUGUGUUCAAACACCUUUUUCCAACACCAAAGUGGACAGAAGUAAUCAAGUUACAAAUGAGGUCAUAUUUGGAUCAGCCCUGCUCCUUUGAGUUUCCUGUGAAAAGGGCUACUGAGCUGCUUUUGGCAGGUCGAGAGCAGCGCAGGGACGACCCAGAUGAUGAGGUGUAUUACUGCAUCUCAUCACCAGAGGAAGCUCCUAGGAGCCCAACAGUUGUGUGGCUUGAAAAGCCUUUGGAAACAGAUGUUAGUUGCCCUACUGACACUUUGGAGAUUCAACCUGCUGAAGAGUUAUCAGAAAGUUGUAAGCCGCCAGAGUCACCCCCUAAAUCUGAACAGCCUGACCUGUCUGACUUAAGUAAACUCAGUAAUACUGAGAUACUGAGCAAGGAAAACAUUCCUGUCUUAAAAACUUUACCUACAACCUUAUCCAUGGAGAUAUCGCAGCCUGCAGCUGCAGUAGUCACACCGGAUGUCUUGACACCUUCUUUCCCAAAAGAGAGUGUCACUGUGAACUCUUGUGAUGACAAAGCACUGCUGAUGAGCUCAGCUGCUCAGGAGGUGGUGACUAAUGAAAGUAGACUUCCUAUCAAUUCAAAGACCAAUGCACUUUUGGAGGCUAGUCAUGCCAAAAUUGUUAGGACUGAAUCAGGUCCAGAUAUAGAGAAGAGAGAACCAACCCAAACUGACUGGAGGAGCCAACCUCGGGGUAGAGGCAGCAAACGCAAGAGAAUAUCUAAAGCGUCUGUGUCAAAGGUGACGUCAGUGCAUUCCAGCAGUUUAUCCCCCGGUGUUGCAACUAAGGACUCAGAUAGUCAAUGUAUGGGAGCUGAACAGAACCAACCCGAUACUGAAAAGGACCAGUCAAUCCUACUGAAACUGAACAUUGCAGAUAAGCCAUCUGAUCAGGUUGAAUUGCCAAGCAGUAAUUCAGCACCUAGUGAAUGUUGGACAAAUAGUAAUUCCCAGAGUGAGGAAAGAGUAGAAAACAUUUCAUUUGAAGCUGAUAUUCUCCUUAAAACUAACUGGAAGAGUCUUCCUAGACGUUGCAGGAAAGACCAAGACGGUCAAACUGAUGUACCCAAAAGUGGUAAGGAAGAGCCUUUGGGAGAAUCUAGUAAAGAGACUACAAAAAUCCAUCCAAUGAAAAGAAAGAUGGAGAGAGAGAGUCUAAGAUAUGGUCUAAAAACUAUAGUCACUGACUGUGGAAGGAUAUUUGUUCCCCAUGGCUCUGAAGUGCUUAAUAAGGAUUUAGAUUUAGUAGUGAAGCGUCAGAAAACAGCUGAUGGCGAAAGUGGUUUAAAGAAAACAGAGGUUGAGGUUGAAGAGUCGAUUUCACUUUCUCAGUCAUCAGAUACAGUAGACAGCGCAGAUAUCAAUGAGACCAUAAAUGCUGAUUUGGUACCAAAAGUAAAUACCAAACAAGAUUCACUACCUUUGACCAAAGAAAUAAGGGCAACUACAAAACACUCGGAGGAAUCCCCAGUUCAAAAUUCAGACACACCAUGCCAGACAGUCCAGACAUAUCCUACUGUUCAUGAGCAACAAAACACUGGAAAUGAGUCUUCAAGUGCAGCAAAAAUAGCUACAGAUGGAACUCAGUCAACAGAUCCUGAGAAAGGUAAAGAAACGGGUAACACAGAACCUUCUCAAAAGAAAAAGAAAAGAGGCACUGAAUACACUAUCAUUUCAAUCAGUCAGUUAAGAACUGUUUUGAGGAGAGGCAAAAAAGAUAGUGGUUCAGAGAGGCCCCAAGGUGAUGAUGACAAAAGCAAAGAUGACUGUAAAAGCAACAGUGACAGUGUCACUCAGGGUUACCCAGAUCAAGUCAGCUCAGCCGUUACAACAACUGAGGAUUCAGUGUGCCUUCAGCCAAGUCAGAAACCUCAGAGUGCGCCAAGUUCGGAACAGAAACCAUCUGACAAAAAACACUUGGAGCCUAGCAUAAAGCUGUCUGAAGACUUGACAAAGCAGGCUCAAAUCAAGCACGUUUCAUCUGAUGAAAAUGUGCCAUUGCCUAAAAAGGCAUCACCAAAGGGAAAGAAACGUGCCAAUUCCUCAGGAAAAGGGCGUAAGGGGAAAGCCAAGGAUGUCUUCAAAGAAAAUGAGCAUCUCAGUUCUGACACACCAGCAUCUCAAAACACUGAACAAUUAAAACAAGCACAGUCUCAAACAGCCAAUGACACCCUUACUGGGCAUGGGUUGGAAGAGCCAUGUGUUGGCUCAGGCCAGAAGAGCUGCAUUGUGGAAGAGAUGGUCAACGCUGUCUGCAUGCCAGCUGAUGCUCUGACCUUACUGGCUGACUUAGCCCUCAGUGGCAGUAGUGGGAAAAAUGAAAUAACAUUGCAAAAUUAUGGACUUGAUUCAGAGGGCAAGCUCGGUCAAAGACGGGGAACGCGAGAUGGUGUGAAGGAAUCUGGCUCUCAAGUGUCUGUCCUCCAUUCCCUAUUGAGACACCCUAAAACAUUAAACAUCCCAAUAGCUCCGAAGUCACCAUUGUCUAAGGGUCUUGUUAUGAAGGGAGAAUGUGUUGUGGUAAUUUCCAAAGAUCACUCUUACUCACAGCCAUCAUCUCUGGUGUUGGGUCUGUCAGGUGCACAUCUCCAGGCCUUACCUUUCCAAAAGAGUGCUGAUUCCCUCACUAUGCCAAAUUCUGUGGAAAAGUUAGGCAGACCUUUGAAUAGCAGAAAUGAAUGGAUACUGCAACAACGUAAGCCAAGGGUAAACAGAAAUGGAUGGGAACAACAGCCACUCAUAAAAAAGCUACCGCCAUCCAACAACAAGGAGAUGCGAAGAUGCAAACGGCGGAGACAGAUUGUUGAAAAAGAUGGAUCAAUUAAAGUCACAAGAGUGUGGGAGGAACAGUAUGACUUCAGUCUGGAUAGCAAGUUCACAAAUGACCCACACGAUAAGGCUGUCACAAGAGCACUGCAUGGCCCAUGGAACAUCAGCAUUACCGACAGUCCUGAAGAAGUCCACCUGAUCUUCCACAUGUGGAUAGGUCUGUUCUAUAGCAGAUCAGCAUCUAGAUUCUUUCACAUCGACCCAAUUGGUUUCAUUCUGCAAGAUGGUGGAUAUACAAAAUUACCUGAGGAACUUCAUUCCACGGCAAGAUUGUCUAUGUCUGACUGGAUGAACGUCUCCUCACAGAAAAACACCUCUUUGAAGGCAGUACCCUCUCCACUGCCUGCUAAUCCAGAGGUUCUAAAUCUAAGUGAUAAAACCAAGAAAGUCUCUACGUCUGCAUCUGAGGUGUUGGAUCUCUCAGUGAAAGGUUGUAAACCAUUGAAUCGUACCACUGCAAACACCAAGACAAUUGAAUCCUCUACUGAAAGGCAUGAUCCACACUCUUUGAAUCUUCCAAUGAGUGAAAAACAGUCACAGCUAGACUCUACACGCACAGAUUGUCAGAUCAGAGUCAAGGAUGUUGCUGACAGCACUGGCGAUAUCAAAAAGGAUAAUAUCAGUGUACAUGGAGUCCAGACAAAGAAUAACACUUAUGAGAAUGCGAGCAACACCAAGUCCUCCAGCAACCGUGCCCCAGAAAGUAGUGGUUAUGGUCAUGCUGAACAGGCAACAAAUAUAUGGAGUGAUGGUCAGAAUUCUUCUGAUGUCAAGAAGAGAUUAGAUGGUUUGCCUGGCAUCAAAGGACCGGGCCAUGGGCAAAGUAGUACAUCUGUUGUUCAACUUAACAGCACUGAUAGAAUUGUUAGUAAAGAAGAAACCAUUUCCUCCCAGAUGCACUACAGUUCAGCUGUGAAACCUACAUCUCCAAAGCACACUGAAAAUACCUUUGUUUGUGAGAAAUUUACAACAGAAUCUCUAGCUAAUGAGAGUAAAGUUUGUUCCAAUCACAGCAGUGAUGUCACACCCAUUGGACUAGUGCCAGUAGAGAGUGACUAUUUCAGAGCUGAAAUAGCAGCAGAAGUUGAUCAGAAUCAUUCUAAAGGUACUAACGUGACAGUGCAGGAUAUGAACCACUCUAAAGAUGGCACUACCAUGACUGGGCAAAAUCUAAGUGAUUCUAACACUGAGACCAUUAUGAUUCUGCAGGAUGCAGAAGCUUCAAAGGAGACAGUUAUUUGGGCUGCACAAUGUCCAUCUGGUUCCAAGGUAAAGAUAGUGCAAGAGCAAAAUGUCCCCUGUACAGAGAGCAUCAUGUCUGUGCAUGAUCUGAAUGAUGUACAUUCUAAUGCCAUCAUGGUAGUGGAUGAUCCAAGUGACUGUGAAGUUGGAAAGGAAGUGAUUGCAUGUGAACAAAAUGAUUCUAAAGCUGAAAGCACCAUGACUAGGCAAAAUCAGGAUGAUUCUGAUGCUGAAAAAAUAGUGCUGCAGGAGUGUGAUUCUGCAUCUGGUUCUGAUUCAGUCAUCAGUGAAAGGAAUCAGAAUGAGGCUAAAUCUGAAACAUCAGUGAGGAUGAAGAGACCAGAUGAUAAUGAAAUUCAGCCUGUUCAGGCUGACUUAUUUGUGAAGAAUCAUGAACAGACAAAACCUAAAACAGCAGUGGCUGCAGAGGUACCAAUGAAUUCUGAAGUUCAAUCAGUGGUUAUGGAGCAGACCUAUAUUGAGACUAAACCUGAGGCAACGGUGCAAGCCCAAGCUGAUUUUGAAAUGAGGGCUGUUGUGAACAUGGAUCGGAAUGACUCAAAAUCAAUGGAGCCGGUGGAAGAAGAAGUCCCUAACAGUGAAAGUGAGACACAAGUAGAAUUGGAUAAUCUGGACACAGCAGUGUCAACGUCAGAAGAGAACAACUGUUGUUCUGAAGAUGCAAUGAUGAUGGAUUUGAGCAAAAACAUUGUUCAAAAGGGUAGCAUGGCAAUGAAUGAAUAUGAAGGUAGGGCUCCCAUGGAGGUACAGCAAGAUUGCAACUUGAAAUGUGAGAUAUCAGCUGCAGGUAAUGAAUUUCAAGUCGACACAGGCAUGGAAGUUGUGGAAAAGAUUGAUCAUGAAAAUGUGGAACAUGAGAUUUUGCCUGAGGUCGCAGCAGUGAAAGCAUGCGAUCAAGUAAGCAGGCAUGAAGGAAUUGUGAAGGAAGAUUUGACAUUAACAAUGGAGCAAAACAAACAAAUCAAUCCAUCAAGAAGUAUUAUUGUUGGAAAGACAGAGGAUAAGUCCAGCACAGAAAUUGCUGAGGUGCCACCUGGUCUAGCAGAACAACAGGAAACAAGCAAAUUGGUCUAUCCAGAAGCUGUGUUGACAUUAAGUCAGAUUGCACAUGAUUCAUGGCACAUAACCAAAGAUCAUGAAUUAAAAGUCAUUGAGAAUGAGAUGAGAUGUCCCACGCCUACUGUAGAUGAGCUGCCUUAUAAUACCAUGGGUACAGACAGUGCCCUUAACCAAGGCUCCACCCCAACACAGGAUGAACUACCAUCUGACUCUGGAUCUGCUGUUGGUGAGCAAAGUUUUCAUGAGCCAUGCUCAGACCCUUAUGAUGAUGAUACUUAUAACACGGAAGGACUGGAUUUAGCUGCUCUUAGCCAUAUGAUUACAUGGUUCAGGAACAAAAAUAAUAAACAGAAGUUAGAUUCUGUGUCAAGCCAGAAUCUAGAGCCCUCACAGUUCAAAGUGAUGGAAAGUGUUGAGUCAUAUAGGAUGGAGUGUGAGGAUAUUACUGGGAUUUAUCAGUCAGAGGAUGUAAUGUUUCAGAACAGUGCUGAUGAACUCUAUAAUGCCGUGGACCCAUACACCAGGGAUUCAACAGGAAACCUUUCAUUUUGCGCUCUGUCAAAGACUGCAUCACAGGAAGGUUUUCACUCUAUGCAUGAGGACAGUACAGGGGAGGCCAUGAAAGGAAAACAAAGCCUAACUUAUCGAAAGGGAGAAACUCUUGACACUGGAUCAGUUUCAGCAGCCAAAAUGAAAGAUGCACAAGAAAGGGCUUAUUGGAAAUACGUUUAUACAAGCAAACAAAAGCACUCAUUAGAGAGCCUUUGUCAACAGAGAGGAUAUCCAGGAGACAUUGAUCAUUUUGAUCAGACUUGGCACUGGAAUGAAGAGGAAGAUCAUGAUUCACGUCACUACUGUAUGAACAGUCAGUUUUUUAGAAAUGAUGACAAAGAGGAAUCUGUACAAAGCUCUAGCUCUAGUUCUAGCUCUAGCUCUAACUCUAGCUCUAGCUCUAGCUCUAGCACAUCUUCGAGUGAAAGUGAGCUUGAAUCUUCAUCAUGUAAUGAGUCCUUCAUGAAUUACAGAAAAGGAGAGGGACUUCGAGUAACAGUAGAUUUCAAACGAGGAGAUGGCACCUUGUCUGGUCAUGAGACCCCCAUAUUUACAGUCCUGGAUAAGGUAGACAAGCAGAAGACUGCUAAGAACUAUCGUAGAAGACCUAUGCAUUCUAAAACCAUUCAGAACCCAUGCCAUAAAGGCACACAGCGCUAUGUGGAUAAGUUUCUUCAAAAGUGGGAUGAUCUGCAUCAAGCAGAUGAUGACAUCACUCAGUCUUCAAUGGAUUUGGAGUAUCUGGUCUUUUCAGAUAAAAUGAGCAAUAUUCUCCAACACUGCAAGUCAAAAAGACAACAGACAUUGAAUGUGGCCUGCAAGAGCCCUGUGACCAUACAGUUCUCAAGUCUUAAUGAACAGGAUGCAUCUGAAAUAUGUGAUGAUCUUUCAAUGUUUUCUGAGAGCAAGAUUAAGGUUGUUUUGCCUGAUAGGAAAGAGAGGAGAGAGGAGGAUUCUAGGCACAUGCCCCUUCGCCUCCAAAGGCUCUCCUAUAAGAAAGAAAGUGAGGCAGCCUGCUCAAAUAUUUCAGCUAUUACAGCUGAAUGUGCAAAGUCAUAUUAUGCAAUGAUGAAAGAUGUUUGUACAAACAAAAAUACUGUCAGGCAAACUGACAGGAUCAAGAAACGGCAGGAUUCUCCAAAGAUCAGAGCGAGUAAGCCGGUUGAACUUUGUGGAAAGAUGAAGGAAGAUCUGUUUGAGCGCCUCCAAGAUGGUCUGAAUUCUGUUGUGAGACAGGCAUGCAAGACUAAAUACAGAUUUUUUAUUCUGGUGACAUCAGAGGAUCCUUUUUUCAGCGAGACAAAGGAUCUGUUGGAGAAUGAAGGGCACAACAGUGUGGAGCCUGACCAGUUUGAUCUAGAGACCAAUACACUUUCCUCUCCAUUACUCAUCAUUUUGAGGAAUGAAGACAUCGCCAGUCAUAUCUGCGAGGUUCCUCAUCUACUAGAACUUAAGAAAUCAUCAAGUGUGAUCUUUGCUGGCAUUGAUCAACCAGAUGAUUUUGUGAAUCUGACGCACCAAGAGCUGUUUGGUAAAGGUGGAUUUGUGGUGUUUGAUGGAACAGCCCUGAACAAACUGACACUGGAGAACAUGAAAAAAAUUGUUGUCUUCCUGGAGAAGCUCAGCAAAAAGGGAAAAUGGAAAUGGUUUUUGCACUACAGAGACAGCCGGAGGUUCAGAGAAAAUGCACGGUCACAUCAAGAUGGGCAUGAGAGGAAGCAUUUCCUGGACUGUUGUCAAGAAGCAGGAAUUGUGGAAGUGCUGCCCUACCAUGAAUGUGAUGUGAUCUCACGGGAUCAACCAAACUACUUGCACUGUCUAGUCCGCCUCCAAGUUCAGAAUGCUACGACACGAUAUCCGGUUUUUGUUUCAGAUGCACCAUGCAAAUCUUUUGAAAAGAAUGGGAUUUUGACAAUGAAUAUGAACACUUUCUUACAGAUACUUUCAAAUGAUUCCUGUACCAUAUGUUAAAUAUGAUUAAUUUGUAUAUAAGCUUCACUUUUAAAUUAUUUUCACACUUAAAAAUGAAACAGUUUUUGUCAACUCUCAGAAACUUUCACUUUAUGAGACAUUAAAAUCAUGAAGAAAAAUAGGUUUAAUGUUUCUGUUUUGGGGAGGAAAAUUUCUCAUUAGUGGCAGCAUCAGACUUCAAUUGUGCUGUUUAAAAGAGCCUUCAGCACAUGCUCUUGGUUUAUUUAGUAUCUGUUAUCUGUUUAGUAUCUUGUUAUCUGUUACUGUUUCCGUUAGCAAUAAACGGCAACACAUGUGACUUUGGAACUGCCUUUGAGUCAAAGGUAGCCUGAUUAACACCGUAUCUCGAUCAGAAUUGAGAGCAAACCAAACCAAAUUUGCUAAUGGUUUGUCGGGGAAUUCCCAAGUGAGGUCAAAGGUAAAGACCAGUGCAAAAUGCAUUAUUAACCUGUGACUCAAAUUGGGUUGGACUAAAAUUAGAGAGUGGCAGGAGAAAGUACAGAAGAUUGUCAAAGUAUUCUACCCACCUGAAAGUCACAAGUUUCUGGCUUACAUUGUUAACACAUAUUUACACACAAGCAGCCAGCUUAAUUGUAUUGUAACAGUGCAAAAACAGACAAGGUACGAAGAAACACGGUUAAUAAAUAAAUAGCCAUUCUAACUACCAUACUACCAUGUAAAAAAACAAACAAUGUUUACAUUUCUGUCGUGGGGCGUUGUGCGUUACAAAUUGUUGUUGUGAGGACUAAAAAGAGCCUCCACCUGAAAUCAC